AUGAGCUCGAUAUUUCUUCCCCACCUCAAUUCCGGGUGGCAUGUGGACCAGGCCAUUCUCUCUGAGGACGAGCGGCUCGUGGUGAUCCGGUUUGGUGCCGACACCGACACGCCGUGCAUGAUCAUGGACGAGAUCCUCUUUGGCAUAGCGGAGCGGGUCAAGAACUUUGCCGCCAUCUAUCUCUGCGACACCACGACGGUGCCCGACUUCAAUGACAUGUACGAGCUAUACGAGCCCUGUACGGUGAUGUUCUUCUGGCGCAACAAGCACAUGAUGUGCGACUUCGGCACGGGCAACAACAACAAGAUGAAUUUCCUCGUGGACAACAAGCAGGAGAUGAUCGACAUUCUCGAGACCAUCUACCGCGGCGCCACCAAGGGCAAGGGGUUGGUGGUGAGCCCCAAAGACUACAGUUCUGCGCGGUGGCGGUGA